UGGAAUAUUGUGGGGGAGGUGGAAAAUGUCCUACGCAAGGAAAAAAUUUCCCAACAUUAAUAGUUGCCACAACAAGAUUUAAAAGUUUUUUCGGAUAUAAAAAUGCAAACGUCGUAUUUCACAAAUCGAAGAAUCCAG